AUGGCACAACACAACGCAGCUGCACAACCGAAUGCGACUCACUAUGACGUGCUGCAAGUGGCCCGGAAUGCUACACUCGAGGAAAUACGAAAAUCAUAUCAAACCCUGGCCCUGCGGUACCACCCGGACAAGAGGCAAACACCGACCAUGCGUUCCGGCGAAGGUUCAAACGAAUCGGACUGCUUUAUUCGAAUAGACGAGGCUUGGAAAACGCUGCGUGAUGAGCGGUUGAGGCGGAUUUACGAUGCCGAACUGAUGCAGCAGACCUGCCGUGAGGAACAUUUUGUUAAUGAGGUUCUUACGGAGGAGGAUUUCACUAGAAACGAAGAGGAGAGCUUCAGUUAUCAUCUAUGUAGAUGCGGCGGGUACUACAUUUUGCCCGAGGAAACUCCGAUCGUAGAACCGAUAUUUGUCUCCUGUGACGAAUGUUCACUCGUUGUGCAAAUUGAUCCUGUUAAAAAGAAUGCUUCUAAAUAAGAUGUGAUUACUGCUGUAGAUAUGUAACAGAUUAUAAGGAAAAA